UGUGUUUUCGUUGGGAUAACGAGCUUCACUGGAGCUAGUGUGCCGAAGGACAAGGGUCGCCGCACGUCGCCAAAAGCGCCAAGCCAGGAGGAGACUUGCAGCUAAGCACGAUGAGCAGUGGUACCGGGCGUUGCAAAUGGUCAGUUACGGUUGGACUAGUGUGCCUCAGCACGGUCGGCUUUGUGCUGUCGCUUUACACCUCGUACGUGGAGGUGCGUGCUGAACACGACCGUUCGUAUCGGGCGAUGUGCGACAUCAGCGAACGGAUCAGUUGCACCAAGGUGUUCACUUCCAGCUAUGGACGCGGGUUUGGCAUCGUGGGAAAGCUGCUAGGCCAACAGUCGCCGCUUAACGUGCCGAACGGUUUCUACGGCAUCUUCUACUACUUCCUGGUGGCCGUGCUAAGCUUCAGCGAUCAACUGCGUAUCGCCAGGAUAAACAGUUGGUUGAUCCUGGCAUCGAACGGUGUCUCGCUCUACCUAGCCUAUCUGCUCUAUUUCGUUCUACAGGACCUUUGCCUAGUGUGCCUCACGACGUACGCAAUUAAUCUGAUCAGUCUGACAUUGUCGCUGCAAAAAAUACAGAUUAUGACGCGGCAGGAGCAGGAGCACGACGAAUCGAAGCGGAAGUGAGUAGGGCAUAGGGCAGGGCCGCGCGGUGCAUACCGUUUUUGAAUUCCAGUUCGCGCUUGUUUGCUGACUCUCUUGCCUGUUGUACUGUCUACUGCUGCACCAGUUUCUUGGUUCUCGCAGAACGUUGGCGGAAUGUAAAUGUAAUUAUUUAUAUUAUCGACAAACAUAUGUAAUUUAGCUGCGUGUUUGUCCGGCCUACUUGUGCCAAAGAUGUGAAUUGACUAUUCGUUGCAUAUUGCGAUUGGAUUCAAUAUGAACCAAACCUAUCAAACGGUAAA